AUGGGCUUCCGCUUGGCUCUGGCAUGGACACUCCUGGUUGGGCCAUGGGUGCCCAUGGGAGCUCAGAACCCCAUUUCAUGGGAGGUGCAGCGAUCUGAUGGGUGGUACAACAACCUCAUGGAGCACAGAUGGGGCAGCAAAGGCUCUCCGCUGCAUCGUCUCAUCCCAGCCAGCUAUGCAGUUGGUGUGUACCAGCCCUUCCGAGAGCCUCACUUGCCCAACCCCCGGGCACUUAGCAACACAGCCAUGAGGGGCCCUGCAGGGCAGGCCUCCCUGCGAAACCACACAGUGCUGGGGGUGUUCUUCGGCUACCACGUGCUCUCAGACCUGGUGAGCGUGGAAAAGCCUGGCUGCCCGGCCGAGUUCCUCAACAUCCACAUCCCGCCCGGAGACCCCGUGUUCGAUCGCGACCAGAACGGGGACGUGGUGCUGCCCUUCCAGAGGAGCCGCUGGGACCCCGAGACCGGACAGAGCCCCAGCAACCCCCGGGACCAGACCAACGAGGCGACGGGCUGGCUGGACGGCAGCGCCAUCUAUGGCUCUUCGCACUCCUGGAGCGACGAGCUGCGCAGCUUCAACGGUGGGCAGCUGGCGUCGGGGCCCGACCCCGCCUUCCCCCGGAACGCGCAGGACCCGCUGCGCAUGUGGACUGCGCCCGACCCCGCCACGGGACGGCGCGGGCCCCGGGGGCUGUACGCUUUCGGGGCGGAGCGAGGGAACCGCGAGCCCUUCCUGCAGGCGCUGGGCCUGCUCUGGUUCCGCUACCACAACCUGUGGGCGCAGAGGCUGGCCCGCCAGCACCCGCUCUGGGGGGACGAGGAGCUGUUCCAGCACGCGCGCAAGAGGGUCAUCGCCACCUACCAGAACAUCGCGAUGUAUGAGUGGCUGCCCAGCUUCCUGCAGCAAGCACCGCCGAAUUACACAGAGUACCGCCCUUUCCUGGACCCCAGCAUCUCCCCGGAGUUCCUGGCGGCCUCUGAGCCGUUCUUCUCCACCAUGGUGCCCCCUGGCGUCUACAUGAGAAAUGCCAGCUGCCACUUCCAGGGGGUCAUCAAUAGGAACUCAAGUGUCUCCAGAGCUCUCCGGGUCUGCAAUAGCUACUGGAGCCGAGAGCACCCAAACCUACAAAGAGCUGAAGAUGUGGACUCGCUGCUGCUGGCCAUGGCCUCCCAGAUCGCUGAGCGAGAGGACCAUGUGGUGGUUGAGGACUCGGUAUCCCAUCCCGAUUUCUGGCCUGGGCCACUGAAGUUUUCCCGCACAGACCACCUGGCCAGUUGCCUGCAGCCAGGCCGGGAUCUGGUCCUGCCCUCUUACACAGAGGCCAGGGCAACACUGGGCCUGCCUCCAGUUACCAGAUGGCAGGAUGUCAACCCUGCACUCUUCCGGAGUGAUGGCACUGUGCUGGAGGCCACAGCUGCCCUGUUCAGCCAGGACUGGUCCCGGCUGGAGCUACUCCCCGGGGGGCUCCUGGAGAGCCAUGGGGACCCUGGACCCCUCCUUAGCACCAUCGUCCUCCAUCAGUUUGUGCGACUGCGGGAUGGCGACCGCUACUGGUUUGAGAACAGCGGGAAUGGGCUGUUCUCUGAAAAAGAGGUUGCAGAGGUCGGAAACACUUCCCUACAGGAUGUUCUAGUAGCUGUCACCAACGUGAACCCUGGUGCCCUGCAGCCCAACGUCUUUUUCUGGCAUGCUGGAGACCCCUGCCCGCAGCCAAGACAGCUCAGCACAGAGGGCCUGCCAGCCUGUGCUCCCCGCAUCAUGCGGGACUAUUUUGAAGGCAGUGGAUUUGGCUUCGGGGUCACCAUCCGGAUCCUGUGCUGCUUCCCCCUGGUGAGCCUGCUCAGUGCCUGGAUUGUUGCCCAGCUCUGGAGGAGAUAUUUAAAGAGGAUCCAGGGCCAGAACCGUCAGAGCAUCGUGUCUGAGAAGCUCGUGGGGAGCAUGAAAGCCUCAGAAUGGCAGGGCCGCAAGGAGCCCUGCCGGCCUGUGCUCGUGCACCUGCAGCCCUGGCAGAUCCAUGUGGUGGGUGGCAGGCUCUCUGAGCUCUGCACCGUCCAGCUGAGGCCCCUGCAGCAGGUCCACCUCAUCCUGUCCAGCAACCGGGGACGCCGCGCCGUACUGCUCAGGAUCCGCAAGGACUAUGACCUGGUUCUGCUAUUUGACCUGGGGGAAGAGAUGCUGGAAAACCUCCGGGGGCCUCUGAAGGAGAGUGGGCUGAGCUUCCAGGAGUGGGGGCUGCAGGAGCUGAUGAGCGCUGCCAUGACGCGGGAGCAGCGGAGCCAUCUCCUAGAGGCCUUUUUCAGGCACCUUUUCUCCCGGGUGCUGGACAUCGACCAGGCGGACACAGACACCCUGCCCCUGGACUUGUCACAGAAGGUGCAGGAGGCCCUGAUGUGUGAGCUGAGCCGGGCCGAGUUUGCCGAGUCCCUGGGCCUCAAGCCCCAGGACGUGUUUGUGGAGUCCAUGUUUUCUCUGGCCGACCAGGAUGGCAAUGGCUACCUGCCCUUCCGGGAGUUCCUGGACGUCCUGGUGGUCUUCAUGAAAGGCUCCCCCGAGGAGAAGUCUCGCCUUAUGUUCCGCAUGUAUGAUGAUGGGAAUGGCCUCAUUUCCAAGGACGAGUUCAUCAGAAUGCUGAGGUCCUUCAUCGAGAUCUCCAGCAAUUGCCUGUCCAAGGCCCAGCUGGCCGAGGUGGUGGAGUCCAUGUUCCAGGAGUCGGGCUUCCAGGACAAGCAGGAGCUGACGUGGGAGGACUUCCACUUCAUGCUGCAGGACCACGACAACGAGCUCCGCUGCACCCAGCUCUGCGUCAAAGGGGUGGAGGUGCCUGAAGUCAUCAAGGACCUCUGCCAGUGAGCCUCAUACAUUAGCCAGGGGAAGCUCUGUCCCUCUCCCAGAGUGAGUGCUCACUGUCCCCGAAGGGACGCCGAUGUCAAGGUGGGGCUGACAACAUGGAGAAUGCAGUGCCUCAUGGACACAGACCCUCCCCAGGAAAUUCAACGGAGGUUUGACAAGAAGGUAAUGUCGUUCCAGCCCCUGCUGUUCACCGAGGCUCACCGAGAGAAGUUUCAACGCAACCGUGGCCACCAGACGGUGCAGCAGUUCAAGCGCUUCGUCGAGAACUACCAGCGCCACAUUGGCUGCCUGGCCGUGUUCUACCCCAUCGCCGGGGUUCUCUUCCUGGAGAGGACCUACUACUACGCCUUUGAGGCUCAUCACGUGGGCAUCACGGACACCACCCUCGUGGGCAUCAUCCUGUCGUGAGGCACAGCGGCCAGCAUCUCCUUCAUGUUCUCCUACAUCCUGCUCACCAUGUGCCGCAACCUCAUCACCUUCCUGCGAGAGACCUUCCUCAACCGCUACGUGCCCUUCAACGCCGCCGUGGACUUCCAUUGCCUCAUUGCCUCCACUGUCAUCGUCCUCCCUUAACACAGUGCAGGCCGUGCGGUGAAUGUCUACCUCUUCUCCAUCAGCCCGCUCAGCAUCCUUUCCUGCCUCUUACCUGGCCUCUUCCAUGACAACGGGUCCGAGUUCCCCCAGAAGUGUUACUGGUGGUUCUUCCAGCUGCUCCCAGGGCCUACAGGGGUCAUGCUGCUCCUGGUUCUCACCGUCAUGUACGUCUUCGCCUCCCACCACUUCCGGCGCCGCAGCUUCCGGGGCUUCUGGCUGACCCACAACCUCUACAUUCUGCUCUACGUGCUGCUCAUCAUCCAUGGCAGCUUCGCUCUGGUCCAGCUGCCCCAUUUCCACAUCUUCUUCCUGGUCCCAGUACUUAUCUAUAUGGGGGACAAGCUGGUGAGCCUGAGCCGGGAGAAGGUGGAGAUCAGUGUGGUGAAGGCGGAGCUGCUGCCUUCAGGAGUGACCCGCCUCGAGUUCCAGCGGCCCCAAGGCUUUGAGUACAAGUCAGGACAGUGGGUGCCGAUCACCUGCCUGGCUCUGGGGACGAAUGAGUACCACCCCUUCAUCCUGACUUCUGCGCCCCACGAGGACACGCUUAGCCUGCACAUCCGGGCAGCAGGGCCCUGGACCACCCGCCUCAGGGAGAUCUACUCACCCCCGACGGGUGACAGCUGUACCAAACAUCCAAAGCUGUACCUCGAUGGACCAUUUGGAGAGGGCCACCAGGAGUGGCAUAAGUUUGAGGUGUCCGUGCUGGUGGGAGGGGGCAUUGGGGUCACCCCCUUUGCCUCCAUCCUCAAAGACCUGGUCUUCAAGUCAUCCUUAGGCAGCCAAAUGCUCUGUAAAAAGACCUACUUCAUCUGGGUGACACGGACCCAGCGGCAGUUUGAGUGGCUGGCUGACAUCAUCCGGGAGGUGGAGGAGAACGACCACCAGGACCUGGUGUCCGUGCACAUCUACGUCACCCAGCUGGCUGAGAAGUUCGACCUCAGGACCACCAUGCUGUACAUCUGUGAGCGGCACUUCCAGAAGGUGCUGAACCGGACCGUGUUCACGGGCUUGCGCUCCAUCACCCACUUUGGCCGACCCCCCUUCGAACCCUUCUUCGACUCUCUGCGGGAGGUCCACCCAAAGGUCAAAGAUCGGGGUGUUAGCUGUGACCCCCGUGGCAUGACCAAGAAUGUGGAAAAGGCCUGUCAGCUCAUCAACAGGGAGGACGGGAUUCAUUUCUCCCACCAUCAUGAGAACUUCUAG